AUGCAUGUUAUAUUUAAUGAAACUAAUGAACCUUCAACCAUUGAAAGUCUUGAUGAUGAAUUAGAUGAACAGAUCCUCAACAAAGAAACUCACUUAGACACUAUUGAAGAAUCAAUUCCAGCUCCUCCAAAAGGAUGGAAAACUGUACCACAUCAUCCUCAUGAUGUAAUUAUUGGUGAAACCUCUGAUCAAGUACGUACAAGACAAUUCUUCAAAGACAAAAACAACAACCUAGCAAUGAUGUCUCAAAUUGAACCCAAACACAUAAAUGAUGCAAUACAAGAUGAUUCAUGGAUUCAAGCCAUGACUGAAGAGCUUUCACAAUUUGAAAAGAACAGAAAUAAGAUAGAUGAAGAUGGAAACAUUAUAAGAAAUAAAGCUAGACUAGUUGCUCAAGGAUAUAAUCAACAAGAAGGAAAUGAUUAUGACGAAACAUAUGCUCCAGUAGCUAGACUUGAGGCAAUACGUAUCCUUCUUGCAUAUGCAGCACACAAAGCAUCUGGGACUCGGAAGUCUAUACGUCUUCAAAAAUCAAAACCUGUAAAAUCAACCAUCGAAGUAUCCGAUGACUCUGAUGAAGAAACUUGCCCAGAAGAUGUUGAAGUAGAAUCAACUCUGGAUGUCAUCUUCUCCUCCAAGCGUGCACUCGACCUCUUCAACUCCAAAUGGAGAAACAGGAGUGUGAUCUACGGAAAACCCAUGGACUUUGAAAGUUUCACUGCCCAUGGUUACAACAUUGAAGAGCUCAUACUCGUUCAAGGUUGGAGAAAGAUGUUAACCCUAGAAAUCAAAACCUACCCAAAGCUUGUUCGUUGCUUCUAUGCAGCAAUCCAUCAAGAUACCAACAAUAUGACUCUCAAAUCUACCAUCAAAGGUAUAACUAUAACCCUAACUCCCUCUCUAAUCUGUCAAAUCCUUGAAAUCCCUGAUUCAGGCAUUCAUCUCUUUGCAAAAGAAUGGGUUGGAUUAUACAACACCACUAUGGAUAGCGUUUAUCAUGAACUACUUGUUGAUACCACCAAACCCCUAGUGUCUUCAAAUCUGAACCCUGUCCCUCGUAUCUUACACAAAAUGUCCAUUCACAAUAUCAUUCCUCGAGCAGGAAGCUUAGAAAAACUAUCUAGGUAUGACAUUAUGGUGAUCUUUCAACUCCUAAACCGUCAUCCUCUUCACCUAGGUUACCUCAUCCUAAACUUUAUGAAACACACAUGCAAGAAAGGUAGAACUGCUCCCUAUGGAAGGCUUUUGUCACUUGUGUUUAAACACUUUCACAUCCCUACUGAUGAUGUCACAUCCUUCAUGGGUGCCGGAUCCAUUCAUGGGUGUAGACUCUCCAAAAUGAACAUCCCUAUGCUUCAGAUCCCACAAAAACGAAAACGAUUGGUCAAAACUGCUGAUGUCAAGAAAAAGGUUAAAACCUUCACCACAAAAGACCAAGAUGAACAAGAAAUUGCUGAUUCUGUUAUGUCCAAACCAACUCGUGCUGAAACCUCUAAAACUGAUUCUCCACCCAUUAAAAAAACUGAAUCCCCCAUCAAGGAACAUGUCUCACCCUUCCAUCAACCCACUGAACCACUAAUCCCACAAGAGAUCAACUCACCAAUUCCCCCAUUCACCACUCCUCCUGAUAAAUCUCUGCCCUCUGAAGACAUCUUGUUUACCUCACCAUCUAAAACUAUGGCUGAUCAUAUUUCUAUCCAAAAAUCUGAGUCUCAAGCUUCCCCAAUCUCUCAAACUCAUGUUUUUGAUCAUUCUCCCUUACACUCUCCUGAACUUGACCUGAACAUUGCAUCCAACAUACCUCCUCCUGAUAUGAAUGAUGAUCUUGAUGCCUUACUCUUUCAGCAUCAAGUUCUCACUCAAUCUCAGUGCAUGACAUACUCUGGUGGCUUUCAUCCCAACGUUGAAACUUUGUAUUCACUCAUUCCACCCGUCCCUCAAAGCACUUAUUCAACCAUUCCUACUGUUGUGCACAACACUGAGUCAGACUUCACUGAAAAUCCUUUUGCUCCCACUUCAUCUCCUCUGAUCAACAAUCCACCUUUAGAGAGUACCUUCAAUAACUUCUUAAGCCAAGCUCCUAUCUAUGACUCCUAUGACUCUCCACCACAGUUCACACACCAAGAACCAACUAAUCAAGAACCUUUUGGCUCUCUCAAUUUGUCGUGGUUUAAUACCUCUUCUGCUGAUCCUGUUCAAAACUCUUUCAAACCUUUUAAAGAGGAUCACAAGGCUAACUCAAGCUCAUCUCAGGAUGACUUGUCUGCUCUUCAAAGAGCAGUAGUUAGUAUUGGCAGACAAAACUAG